AGCGCCGAUACGCCUAGCGAAGCAGAAGAGUCAAUGAUUUCCUGCGCUUUGCAGAUCCUCGCACAAGCUAUCGAGCUGCUGCGCUCCAGCGCUAUCGGGGACGAAGAGCUCUCAACUCCUUCGCAGGGAGCUUCGGGCGCUACCGUAGGGAAGCACUUGAGGCAUGUACUAGAUCACUAUAGACUGCUGCUGGAUAGCGUCGAGGCGGCGCCGAACGGGGGCCAGCCUUUCAUCGACUACGAUCGCAGGGUCAGGAGCGUACCGAUUGAGACGUCCGUCCAGUCUGCUUUGCAGGAAUUUGAGUACACGCAGCGCCGCAUACGCUCCGUCCUGGCUACCCCAGCAGACGGCAGCGUCACACCGACUAUGGAGCGUGUAGUGACGUUGCAGGCUACGACGCCCAUCAUCCAGGAGUUCAAGAGCACCAUCGGGAGAGAGGUAUGGCAUGUCGCGCUUCACAGUAUUCACCACUUUGCACUGGCGCGGGUCAUUCUCAAUGAGCUCGGCUUGGGAGACGCAGUAGGCAAGGAGUUUGGUGUCGCGCCAAGUACGCUGGCGUUGAGGCAGUGGGCGAGGGAGUCG